CACACUUUGCUUUCUUUCUUUCUUUCUUUUUCUUUCGGUGAAUACCGAGUAGAAAUUCGCUUUCUUGUUUCUUAGGAAAUUAAGGAGAAGUAGAACUUCUUGUUGUUCUAUCUAAGCAUAGCAUACUAAAAUUCAAAACCCUGGGAUGGGAAGAGCUCCAUGCUGUUCUAAAGUAGGUUUGCAUAGAGGUCCAUGGACUGCUAGAGAAGAUAAACUCCUCAUCAACUAUAUUCGAGCACAUGGUGAAGGCCACUGGAGAUCCCUGCCUAAGAAGGCUGGGCUACUUAGAUGUGGGAAGAGUUGCAGGCUGAGAUGGAUGAACUAUCUCCGGCCGGAUAUCAAGAGAGGUAACAUAACUCCUGAUGAAGAUGACCUUAUCAUUCGCCUUCACUCCCUCCUUGGUAACCGCUGGUCUCUCAUCGCCGGAAGAUUGCCGGGCCGAACUGACAAUGAAAUCAAGAACUAUUGGAAUUCCCAUCUCAGCAAAAGACUCGACAGCACUUCAUCAGCAACUAAAAUGAAAUGCUCGACUCGUGGGCCAAGAAAGAGAAUUACUUUGCAGUCCAACAAGAUGAAAGGUAAUCAAGAUAGUGCACAUGGCGAGACCACAAGGACCAAGAUUUAUCUUCCGAAAGCAGUUAGGAUUUCGCCAGUCUCAUUUGCAAGAACAAGUAGUAUUUUUAAGGGAAGUGGAUUAUCUAGUCAUGACACAGAAGAUUACAGUCUUCCAAUAUUAGAUCAGGUCAAUAGUAUGAAUGAUGGAGCAGAUAAUUUGCCUUGCAAUGGAGAUCAUUAUCAGAAUCUUGUAUACGGCCAUGUCUCUUCAUGCCAAGACUACAUACCCACAACAAAUGAAAAAAUGUUGGAUGAACUCUUUGAGGAAUAUGAGCAGUUUCUGAAAACAGAUAACUAUGCUCAAUUGGACUCCUUCAUCGAUUCUCUAUUACUUUGAACGCUGUUAAUAAAAGGAGCUAACAAUUGAAAGAUUGUUGCCUGCUUUCGUUUAGAUUCUGCGUUGCUUUUGCGUCCUUGCAUGUACCUUUCAGGGAAGAGUAAUAAAAUCACGAGAAAGAUCCUAACACAAUUGCUUUUC